UUACGGACUACUUUGGCCUUAUCUGUUCACAGUGGAUGGAGAAUGGGGCUCAUAUUCGGGUUGGAGUGAUUGCGAUUUGGACGGACGCAAUUGUGGGGAUAACGGUGAAAGAUGGCAGGAGCGGAAUUGCGUCGAUCCCAAGCCAAGGUUUGGAGGUAUACCUUGCAAUGGCAGUGGAAUUAUGCAUGAGGCUUGCAACAUAGAUUGCACAUCUGCUAUAGAGCUUCGAUUGACGGGACUGUGGGGAACGACUGGGCUCCAAGAAGAAUGCCCCAAUGGUCACUUUGUUACGGCAUUUAAGACAAAGAUGUCUUUGAAUCAAGGAAUAACGGGUGUUCGACUCCAAUGCAAUGACCCCAGUCAAGAGGAGAUUCACAGCUUGGAACAUCCUGAUGGAAGUUAUGGAGAAUUUGUUCUCUCUUGCCCAGGUGGAUACACGAAAAUCAAGGGGAAGUUUCACCCUAAUCAGCCUGACGGAGAUAACAGAGACUGCACUUGUGUAGACAUGUAUUGCCCGGAAACAGGCCAAUGGCACAAAUCGAUUUGUGAGCCGGGUUAUUUCCCUGCCACUUUCCAAGGUCCAGAAUCAUGUGACCCCGGUCAAGUCAUUUGCGGAAUAAAAACAAAAGUGUGGAUGGGGGAUGGAGACAAGACCGGCUUGGGAAGUGUGUUCAUGAGAUGUUGCGUAAAACCAUGAAGAAUAUGUACGUUUACAAUGACAUUACAUAUGUGCAUCUUUUCGCUUUUUAUUGGUUUCCAACCAUAACACUGAAUGGUUUCAUUAAGGUUUGGUAUUUGUUGCAAAUAUAUUGUAUA